AUGAAUAAGCUUAGGAAUAGGAAAAGCAAAGCUACGUGGCAGAAAAACUUUGAGGGUACUGUUAAUCCCUAUGCUAAUGAUGUUUUGACUCGUGUAGAAACGAAUAACAAGAAUUUGUUGACGAAUGCUGUUCCCUUUGGUGCAAGAGAUAAUCCUAAUAGCAAGACGACAUUAAUAGGGACGAAUUUGUAUGCUAGUUCCAAGAAUAAUCUGUUGCAAGUCCCUGGUGGUGGUGGUGGUGGUGGUGGUGCCUAUCUUGAUUCCAGCAAUAAUCAACGACAAAAUAGAAGGUUUAGUAUUCAUGCUGCAGCGCACCAACAACACGGCCGGUCAUUUUCUCAAGGAUCUGCCAAUGCACCGCCAUUGCCGAAUAUCGACAACUUGAUGGCUCUUCCAAAAGCGUUGACGGUUCAGCAAAAGAUUUUCAAGGAAUUGGAACAUGGUUCUGCUGCUGAAGUCGAUGAUUAUUACAAAUCCUUGGUCAAGCAAGAACAAAUUAUUACCCGAGAUAUUAAGAGCAACAUAAACCAAAAUCAAAAAAAUAUAUUGGCAUUGACCAAGGAUCUCAAGGAGACACAAGAGGAAUUGUUGAAUUUGAGGAGUACAACAAAGAAUUUAUUUGAAGUAUUGGAUGUUUUUACGGAAACAGCACAACGAAGACUCAGUUUGGAGUAUGAGCUGCAGGAACAGCAUCAGAACCAAAACCAAAACCAAAACCAAAACCAAAACCAGCACCAAAACCAGAAUCAGCACCAGCACAGGAACCAAAACUUGACUAGGAAUAAAGAUAGAUCAUCAGUUCUUAUUUUGGAAAAACACUGGGCAAAGGAGUUACAAUCAUUGUUCAAACAUGUGGAUGGCGCUUCGAAAUUUAUCCAGCCACUACCAGGAAGACACGUUUUGGCGGAGAGUGGAAGAUGGCACGAGGUUAAUGCAGGUACUUGGAAGCCAAGUAAUGCCGGGCAUUUGUUUGUUUUGAAUGAUUUGCUAUUGAUUGCAACAAAGAAGCAGAAUGGGAACAGUAACGACAACCACCAUCACCGCAGCAGCAACAACGACGACAUCAAUAACGACAAUAGUAGUACCAGUAGUAACAACAAAUCUACUAGAUUGCAAGCUAUUCAGUGUUGGCCAUUAACUCAGGUAUCCUUAACCCAGAUCAAACCAACCACUAACGAUGAUUCAUUGUAUUUUAUCCAUAUCAAAACGAAAUCACUAAGCUAUAUAUAUCUGACAGAUCGGUACGAUCAUUUAGUCAAAAUCACAGAUGCUUUCAACAAGGGCAAAAACCAAAUGAUUCACGAACAACGAGUAAUUCGCGGAUCCAUUACUAUGGAAAAUAAUGCACCAGUAUCAGUCUCUGAAACAAAGGAAGAAAAGAGACAAUUGAGAGAAACGAUGCGAAACUCGGGAUCUCACGAAACUUCGGGAGUCAUUGAUGAACAAGGGAAGCGACAAAGUGGCAGCGGAGUGGGAAAUAGAGGUGGUUCGGUACACGGGGGGGAUAAACGUAGUUCAUCUGAGUUUGUUUUACAUGACAUUAGUGCGCGAGUUCAUUCAAGAAACCGGUCCCACGAUUUCGGUACCAGUUUGAAAUACAAUAGUUCGUUUAAUGGCAAAUCUGAUUUUUUCAAUAAUAUCAAAAAUUUGGAGGAUAAAUUAGACGAUGUUGAUAUAGAGAUUUCACAUAAUGAAUUUCGACAGGCAGUUAACUUGCUCACAACAAUAGAGUCCAAGCUCAAGAAUUUGGAAAAAGCAUUAGAUAAACACAAAUCAAUCAGCGGUAGUGACAGUUUCUCUGAUGAAUCAUUGUUGCUUGAUGUGUCCAAUAUUAAGAUCUCCAAUAGAAAAGAUGAAAUCAUUCGGUGUCUUUUGUUUGACUUGCUGAACAAAAUCUCCAAACUCACCGCUAGUGAGCUUGCACAAAUCCUCACAUUAUAUGACCAGUUGGGAAAUUUGGAAUCAGGUAUACAAGCAUACUUGGGCUCGACAUCCCUAUAUUUAUCCACUACAGUGUCAAAGUUAAUAGUUGGUCUUCAAGGAAGUACAAAAAUCGAUGUAGUUAACUACCUAUCCAAUUUAUUGGUUAUCAAUGUUGCUAUCAUUCGACGAACUAUUGAAACAUACAAUGAUAGAAUAGCUCCAUUACUCAGAAAGUCAGGAGCAGCUGUGAAAAUUGACUCUUCGGGGUUAAUUGAUUGGUGUAUUGAAGAAUUUGUCAAGUUACAUAAAACAAUAAAGAAGCAUCUAUACGGAACAUUAUUGAUUAUUGAUGGCCAUAACCCCGAAACGGAGGAGCCAGUGUAUAAAGUUAAGGACCGGAAAUUAUAUCGGGAUUUUUUGAAAGUUUUACUUGAACAAUUGGACGAAUUGAAGAAGGUUGGUUUAAAUGUUGACUACAUUUUUGAAAACAUUAUGAAUUUGGAAUAG